CGAGGGGAUCGUAUCAUUUCGUAUUCUGUGCUGUGACGUCCUGUACAAUAUCUUAAUUGGUUCUUUGAUUAAAGAAUAGGGUCACUGACUAAAUUAUAGACAGUGUGCCUUAGCAGUUAGCCGCCGUAUUCCAACUGUUCCGAGCUAACUUCAAUGUUGUUAAAAUUCAUUACGUGCCCAGUAGAGAAAAUUUGUUGUUGAACUAAUUUGAUAACUUCAUGAAUACGUUCAAGUUCAAUAAUUUAAUCAACCAAUUGAAAACGAUAAGUUGUUUAAAUUUAAGAAGAAAAAUGAGCACUGAAAUAAAUCCAACAAUGAACAAUGAACACAAUAUUGUAUGGUUUGAUGGUGAGAUGACUGGAUUAGACUGUAAUCACCAUUCCUUGAUCGAAGCAGCUAUUAUUAUAACCGAUAAAAAUUUAAAAGUUUUAGCUGAGAGUCCAAAUAUUAUUAUACAUCAAUCAGAUGAAGUGUUGGAAAACAUGGAAGAUUGGUCCAAAAAGCAUCAUGCAAUCAGUGGCUUGACUGAAAAUGUUAGAAAGAGUAAUGUAUCAAUUGAACAAGCUGAUAAAAUGUUAUACGAGUUUAUCAAACCAUUUGCUCCUAAAGGUGUUUGUCCAUUAGCUGGUAAUUCUAUUUACAUGGAUAGAACUUUUAUUAGAAAAUAUAUGCCAAAACUUGAAAAUCAUUUAAGUCAUAGAUUAAUAGACGUGUCUACUCUAAAAGAGUUGUUUAAACGUUGGAAACCCGAAUUAGCUAAUGAAGUUCCAAUCAAAUCGUGUAAGCACAGAGCUCUUGAUGAUAUUAAAGAAAGUGUUCAAGAACUCCAAUUUUACAAAAGCUGCUUAAAGUUAUAAUGAAAAAAUAUUAAAUUCGGUAUAUCCAUUCAACAAGACAUUACCUACAUAGAUUUGCAACAAAACAAGCAUCAAAAAUUAUGCUAGAAAAAAAAACAAUGUUACAAGUGCAUUGAAAUUUCACCCUUCAUAAUAAUUAUGUAAAAUUGCCAUUUCUCAUUGUUCUCCUACUGCAUCAUAAAAAUAUUGACAAGGCAGAGUGCAUGGUACUCUCUCUCUCUCGGGCAAUCUAAAUAGAAAACAUCCCUCAAUUUGCUAUAAUAUUAAACAUUUAAACCACCUUGAGUAGGUCUCGGAGUAACCCAACUUAACAUAACCUUACCUCAAGAACUACCCAAGGUGGUUUUACAUAUAAAGUUGAGCGAUAUUUUUGAUUUAAAUUGUCUGAGCGUGUGCAGCAAACGAAUGACCACACUGCGCGCGGAUAUAAUAUAAUAUGUGCUUUUAAAAAUUUUAUUUUUACUCGAGACUACCCUAGGUGCCAGGUGGAGUUACAUAGGAUAAUGGAGGGAUAUUUUUUAUUUAAAUUUUCUAAGUGAGCGAGUGACCCCGUCGUGUCUAAAGUGUAUUAUGUACUAUGGUUGCUAGUCCCGAUAACCGAAAAAAUAUAAAAUAUUAUAAAGCGAACUGCUCACCACGUAAAUAGCCAAUUAAACACAGUAAGUUUACUAUUCAGUACAAUGAAUAUUGUUAUUUCUAGAAAAAUAAUUAGUUAUAAACAGAUACUGCCACAUUUGUCCUUGUUUAUUCCCCGACAGAUGUUGUAAUGAGAAAUAUUGUUGUUCAGGCAUGUUUAUGAAUGUUAUACCUACACUUGUACACAUUAUGCCCUGUCCAGACUAAAGAAAAAUUUGUCUGAGACGCGUAUCAUCAACAAUGUUUCCGAUUUCCUGUCAUAAGCGGUAACAUAAAUAUUUGUUGAUGAUAAUGACAGAAACAUAUGAUACCAACAAAUCUUUUUUGGUCUGGACUGGGCUUUAUAAACAGUUAUACUACUAAAAUUCUAUGUCAGUAUUAUAGUACCGAUUUUAUUCUUUCUUUUCCAAUAUUAGUGUAAUCUACUUUCAAUCUCCAUAAAAUAUAUUCAAUAAUAUUAUGAUAUUUAUAAUAAAAUAACCAUAACUCAAUAUUUUUCAUCUACAAGGUAAAUCUAUGAAUUAUAAAUAUUUUUUUGUUAAUAAGUAACCGUGAUAAUGUAAACCUUACGAAAAAUCGGUUAGAAACAAAAAAACUUGUAUCUACCACAAAAACAAUAUUUAUAUUAUAAAACUGUCACAAUUGUAUCAUUGAGAAAUAAAUAAAAAACAAAAUGAUUUUUAACAUUA